AUGGGCGAAGGUGAAACGGGGCUUGCUUGGGCUGGGCGUUUUGAGGCGUCUCUGUCAGCGCCUGACCAGUCGACAGAUGAUAAGAAGAUGAUAAUAAAAGAAGAAGAAGAAGAGAAGAAGAAGAAGAUAAUGAUGUUACUGCUAUUAUUCACUCUCUCUGCUGUCUCUGUCUCUCUUAUUCUCACUCUUACUCCUAAUAAUCACCGUUUCACCUGCAGCCUCAGCUCUUCCUGCGCCGUCUUGCUGCCCUUGCUGCCCCUUAUUAAUCCUGACUCUGCCGCUGCCUCCCUGGCCGCUGCUUCUCCUAAGUCGACUCCUUUUCUCCUCCUCUCUUCCUUUUCUCCAGCGACUCUCGACUAA